AUGGCGCGCCCAGCAUCUUAUUCACCGGCCGCCGGCCUGAACCGAUACACAGGGCACAACCAGUGCUGUGGGAUAGCCUACCGCUACUCCUUCCUGUGGUGCACACGCAUGGGUGUGUGUCAGGCCUCGUGGCAGCAGUCUGGAAACAGAAGGUCUCGGCCCUGGACCUUUUCCACCAUCAUCAUGCAGCUCAAGGCAGACUUCCCAUACAGAGGAAGUCGGGGUACACGAUCAGCCGCAGCCACGCCAAUUUGCGUCACUGCUCCAAACACCCACACCUCAUCACCUCCACACAGCAUCCAAGAGAUCCAAGAGUCAUGUCCCGUAGCGCUGCUGCUCAAGGCUGCAUGGGUAAUGGACACAACCUGCGUCGUUGUACAAAAAAAGAGUCUGCGCUCAACGCCGGAACAUUUGCGAAGCCAUGAUUCUAGCCCUAUGGCCGUCGAGGCUUGA